AUGGCUGCUUCAGCAUUUGUCACGAGUCAUCGAUCUGGAGACAAUCGAGAAUCUCCCGAAAGAGGGAAAAAAAAGAAGUCUGAAAUAAGAAGACGCUGGUGCUCUUUGCUCUUCUGGCUGUGCUCGCCUCCACUUCCGCGUAUUUCUAUGGCGGCAUGUAUGGCGGAUAUGGCGGCUACGGUGGCUAUGGCUACGGCAUGUCCCCCUACAGUUACGGUUUCGGUUAUGGCUACCCGUAUUCCUACGGAUAUGGGUAUCCGUACAUGUACGGAUAAGCGUUUGCCAAAUUCACAAAUGUGGCUUGAAUGUUCACUUCAAGCUGGAUCCUAAAUAAAAAAAUAAGCAAGUAAUCUUGUGUUUUGUUUCCAUAUAUGCUUUCCCUAUUAUAUGAUUCUACCAAAAAUACCUCGUUGGACCAGCCGGAUUGUCGCAGAAAUAAACGAUAACCUAAUCAAUAUAAGUCAGUUCAGUAGGAAAAGGAAAGGGGAUUAAAUGUUUUAGAAGUUGAUUUUUUCAUGUCAUCUUUUUUAGUAUCAAGUUAGGCUACGGAGAAUUAACAAGUGAGAUUCCUACGCUGAUCUAUACGUUUGUAUGGGAGUAUAAGGUUAAAUGUUAAAUAAAUCCAUGGCAAAGACCUUUGUAGCACUCAUACACGGAAUCUAAUACUUACCUUCAUUGUUUAUUGAAAGUUGAAUUGAAUGUGUGAAAAAUAUGAAAAAAAUGAUAGUGUUAUUUUGCGGUACGGUUAUGACAAAAUAGACUUUACCCUUGGCGAAGCAGAGAGAAAAAAUCAGAGCUACCUGAAACAACUGAGCACUGCAAAGUAAAAAAAAAACACUGGGGCAACAUUAAUCAAUGCGACUGUCAUCUUGCUUACUGAAAACGAACCCAACAGUAUACAUUGUGUUAAAAUACAAAUAUUCUUUUUUUGACAAUAAAUAAGAAUAUUGUUCGAUAAUUGUCUUUUUUCAUCACUAAAAUCCUUUUGGGGCAAAACAUUCCUAUUAAUUGUCAAAAAAACAAUAUUAUUAAUAUUAUAGAGACAAUCAUAAUCGUAUCAAAAUUGUAUCUGCUUAAAAAAAG